AUGCAUAAACUCAACCUAACAGUUGGUAUAAUACCUUCCCUCAAUGUCGUUGCUGGGUUGCUGGAUUUCUUCUUUGUCAAGUCCUGGACCGGUUUUCUCUCCAAAUUAGGGUUCUCCAUUGCUCCCUUUACUCGACAAGAGAAUACUGUUAUUCAAAGUUGCAUCGUUGCUUGCUAUGGCUUGGCGUUUAGCGAUGUUGGAGUCUCGAGGCUCUUGGGUUCGACAGCUUGGUUUGCCGUGAACCGGAUAGGCGAGCUUCUGCAACAGGGGAAGCUCAAGAACAUUGUGGGGAUACCCACUUCGAAGCAAACGCAUGAACAGGCGCUUUCGUUGGGAAUACCUCUCUUCGACCUGGAUAAGCAUCCGGUGCUUGAUCUUGCGAUUGACGAUGCCGACGAGGCGGAUCCCUAUCUCAAUCUCGUUAAGGGCAAAGGUGGGUAUUUGCUCGGAGAGAAGAUGGUCGAAGGCGCAUGCUGGAAGUUCGUUGUUAUCGUCGAUGAAUCGAAGCUAGUUGAUCAUUUGGGAGGUAGCGGUCUUGCCAUGCCGGUUGAGAUUGUUCCCUUUUGCUGGAAAUUCACAGCUUACCGAUUGCAGAGGUUAUUUGAGUACGCCGGUUGUGUCGCCAAGCUCAGGACAUGUGGGGAAAACGUCGAGCCCUUCGUCACGGAAAAUGCGAACUAUAUCGUGGAUUUGUAUUUUAAGAAAGAUAUUGGGGAUUUGAAGGUUGCUAGCGAUUCAAUUCUCUCUGAGCAAGAUGCCUUCACAAAAGAUUGAAGCGGAUCACCAAGAUACCGUUCACGAUGUGGCCAUGGAUUAUUAUGGCAAGCGCUUAGCUACGGCUUCUUCCGAUAGCACAAUCAAGAACAGCAGCGCGGUAUCUCUCUCUACAGAAGAUUGAAACGGGCCAUGGAUUAUUAGUUUACUCUCUCUCUCUCUUCAUCUCCAAGGAACAAAAAAACAGAUGAAAUCGGAAAAAAAAGGGGGAAGGAGAAGAAGAGAGAGAGGGAGGAUUUUGAAAGUUCGUCGCCGCUGCUGUACGUGUAUCGUAAGCCGUAACGUCGGAGAAGAUGAACAGUGUUUUCUAAGUAGUUAUUACAAAGUAGUAUGGCAUGUAUCAUAAUACAGGGGUCUUUAUCACAUACCCCAUAGUACAAGUGGACUUUGUAAUUCAUCUUUUUUUUUUAAGGAUUGGCUUCUUUCCGUCAUUUACUCGACUGCCUCAGUGACUGAAAUUCAAGAUUGGAUUUGAGUUCAGUCGGUUA